AGCUUAUGAGAGCGCGGUGGAUGGCGACCAAGGGAUCACCACGUCGAUCUCGCUGCAACUACACCCGCCGGCGCAAGAAGAGAGCGUCGCCGUCGACCCCGUCGGGUCCAACGGGCGUGCACCACCUCCCCGACCACCUCCUCGAGCUCGUGCUCCUGCGCGUGGGCACGCCCGUCGCCCUCCUCCGCGCGGCGUCCACCUGCAAGCGCUGGCGCCGCCUCAUCUUCACGGACGACGAGGCGUUCCUGGCCCGGCUCCGCCGCUCCCUCGGCGCGGCCCGCGUCCCCGGCCACUACCACGUCGAUGACGGGAACAACGGCCACGUCUUCGUGCCGGACACUGACUCCUCGGCCCUCGACAGGCGCCACUUCUCCCUCGACUUCCUCCCGGCCGUCCCCCGCGGCUCGCUGCCGUGGGAGCUCGCCGACAGCCGCGGCGGCCUCCUCCUCUUCCACAGGAGGGACGCUGUCUACCACCGGAUGGGCAGUGUGUGGGAAGGGGACCCCGAGUACCUCCACUUCCCUGACAUGGUCGUCUGCGACCCGCUCAACCGGAGGUGCCAGGGGAUCCUCUACUGGGAGGCGAUGUGGUCUUACCGCUGCCUCGGUCUCUUCCUGCUCGACGGCGCCGCCGCCGACGACGCGCCUGCGGGUGGUGGUAGCUCCAUCGGCAUGUCCAACUUUCGGGUGGUCGCCGUGAUCUACGAAUCCGAUGUUUUCGAGGAUGACCGUGGUGCCCCCCGCGCCUGCGUCUUCUCCUCCGGCGGCGACGGUGGAUGGCGGCAGGAGAGCACGGCCGGCGGCGACGUCCCCGUCCCAGAGUACGCUUCGAUCAGCUUCGCAGGUCGCGCCCGGUCGUCCCUCUUCUGGCGGAUGGAGCACGAGGGCGCCGUGCUCGCCCUCGACGAGGCCGCCAUCCAGUUCUCGCUCGUCACGCUCCCGUGUACCGUCGUGGGGACGCCGGAGGAAUCUUCAGCCUUCCGGGUCAUCGGCGGCGACGACGACGGCGCGGCGCGCGUCGUACGCGUGACGGCGAACAAUGACCUGACGGUGUUUCGGCAGCUCCAGAGCAGCGGCGAGUGGGUGGUGGAGAAGCUCCUGAGGCUCCAGCAGGCGACCUGCGGGCUGCCGGGGCGCAAGGAGACGUAUUUCGAGCGACCGGCAAAGCUUGUCGCGACGACUAGGAGGCACGUCCUCGUGACGCCGGAGGAGGAGACCUGGAUAUUCUCCGUCGACCUCGAGAGGCUGGAGGUGGACCGGGCGCAUGAGAGGAACCGGUACGCCGGUGCGGCGUACCCAUUCGAGCUGCCAUGGCCACCGGCCGGCAGCGUAGCAGGAUGAGUUUAACGGUUUAAUUGCCUGCAUCGUUCUUUAUCAUGUCAAAAAUGAUGAAUGCAUGAAAAGAUUC